AUGCCUAAAUACUAUUGUGAUUACUGUGAUACAUAUCUAACACACGACUCACCAAGUGUAAGAAAAACUCAUUGUACUGGAAGAAAACAUAAAGAUAACGUUAAAUUUUAUUACCAGAAGUGGAUGGAGGAACAAGCACAACAUCUCAUAGACGCUACCACAGCUGCGUUUAAAGCAGGUAAAAUAGCUCAAAAUCCGUUUAACAAGGGAGCGGCUAUACCUCCUCCAUGGGACCCUUCAGUUAUGGGACCUGGCGGUCCUAGACCACCUGUUCCUGCCCCUGGAGGACCGCCAGGAAUGUUGCCACCUCCAACAAUGGGUCCUGGCGGUCCUAUGGCUCCACCGAUGAUGAUGGGACCACACGGGCCGAUGCCGCCUAUGAUGGGAAUGAGACCACCAAUGAUGGGACCCAUAAUGGGACCAAUGGGCCCGAUGGGGCCAAUGGGUCAAAUGCGGCCGCCACUCAUGAACGGACCACCUAUGAAUAAAUAG